GCCUAAGUGGUGUUCUAAAGGUUGGAUGUGUCUUCCGCUAAGGGGAAACUCUGCCGAAAUUUCGUGGACACCGACACUUGUGAAAAUAUCGCGGGAGCUGUGUGUGGACAGCAAAGGGGAGCUGAAAUUCGUCAUUUCUCAAGGAGAAGAUGAAUGAGAGAGGAGGAGAUGCUAAUGGAAGAGGAGCUGUACCUGAGAAGCCAAGUGAGCCGCCGCCAUCAAAAGUUGACGCUUUGGAUGGCUCCAACUAUGAGGAAUGGAGCGGACGGAUGAGGAGUGCCUUCAAACGCUACAAGCUCCUGAAGAUUGCUGUUGGGGAGGAGAAGAUGCGGGAGGAAGACGAAGCACGCGAACGGUAGAUUGAGAAAAGCGCGGUGCU